ACCGGUCGGAAUGGGUUUAAACAUCAGUAACCCACUGGGUUGGUUUGUGUUAACUGCUAACUAGUGAAGUAACACAUCAACAUGUGGACAAAGAUUCUCCUUCUAGCUCUUGUUGGGCUUGCAUCGGCUGAAAUUGCUUGGAAAGUAGGCAACCAGUACAAAUAUGAGAUCAGGGGAAGGACCGUCACCGGACUUCACCAGGUCGCGGACCAAUACGCUGGUAUGCUCAUGAAAGGAAAACUCACCGUCCAACCCAAAUCCGAAAAUGUCAUCACACUGCAGAUCGGUCAAGCUCAAUACGCCGAUGUCCAUGCGAACCUCACCGGGGGCUGGUCUUCUUACAUACCAGACAACAAGUUGAACUACCGUCAACUCCCCUUUUCCAACAAGCCUUUCGAACUUCAUCUCAAGAAUGGCGUCGUUGACAAAAUGGUCGUGGCCAGCUCCGUCGCAACAUGGGAACUUAACAUGCUCAAAGCCAUUGCAAGUCAGCUUCAGGUCGACACCCAAGGUGAACAUUUGAUGAAAUCCAAAAUCAACCAAGUACCCAACAAAGGCGAUCAUAUGGGCGUCUACAAAACCAUGGAAGACACAGUGACAGGAUUGUGCGAAACCAUCUACGAUGUCUCUCCUCUUCCAGAAUACGUAUUGCAAAGCCGCCCAUACCUCGCUCCCCUUACUCACUACCGUGGAGACGGACAGUUUAUUGAUAUCGUGAAAACAAUGAACUACUCCAACUGUGACCAACGUGUGGCUUACCACUUUGGCAUCUCUGGAUUGACCGAUUGGGAACCAGCAAGCAACCAAAUGGGAACUUUCAUGUCCCGUUCGUCCCAGACCAGAGUCAUCGUUUCAGGAUCCCUCAGCCAUUACACCAUUCAAUCUUCGGUCACUACCAACAAAAUUGUCUUGGCUCCACAUUUGUACAACAGCCAGAAGGGAAUCGUUGCCAGCCGCAUGAACUUGACACUCGAAGCCGUUUCGCAAUCGGGCAACGUACCAUCGGUCCCCAACCCUCGUACCGUCAAGAACCUCGUGUACGAAUACAACGCGGCCACAGAACAGGAAGACAAACAAAACCAUAACGCUUACAAGGUAUACAAUAGCCGUGAAGAAACCUCCAGACCUUCUUCAUCGUCAUCGUCUUCCUCAUCUUCUGAAUCCUCAGAGCAUGUCCAAUCCCCCCUCAAAAAAGCAACAAAUCCUCAACAACCAAAAAGGAAUCGUUCUCGACGAUCUGUUGGACAGAAAGAAAGAUCGGGUAAAACCCAACACUCCUCCAGUUCCUCAAGCUCCAGUUCCAGUGAAUCACAAGAAGUUCUAGGACAAAUGAAAAAAGACCAAAACAAGUACUACUCGUCUUCCAGUUCGUCCAGUUCCAGCGAAAGCCAUAGUUCGAUUAGCAGCAGUGAAGAAUACUGGCAACCCGAACCUGAACUUCAAAAAGCACCUACAUCGCCAUUUUUGCCUUACUUCAUUGGAUACCAGGGUAACUCGAUCCAAGCUGCAAGACAGGUAGAUGUCGUCCAGCAAGUACAAAAGCUCGCUCAACAAAUAGGAUCCGAAGUUCACAAGCCAAAUGGCCUCACCGGUGAAAACACUUUGACCAAAUUCGUCAUUUUGACCCGUGUUCUUCAAACAAUGACCGUCGACCAACUUAAACGUGCCACUGAACAACUCUACUACCCAUACUCCAAAGCAUCACCUAGGAGCACUUCUGAUGCCGAACGUUAUCAAGCAUGGGUUGCCUUCCGUGAUGCCAUGUCACAAGCCGGAACCGGACCUGCUCUUCUCUGCUUAAAGGAAUGGAUCAACACCGGAAAAGUACAGUAUGAAGAAGCUGCGGAACUUGUAGCAGUAUUGCCACAAACAGCCCGUUACCCAACCAACGAAUACAUGAACGCAUUUUUUGACUUGGCUACAAGCGAAAAGGUUACCAAACAAAGGUUUUUGAACACCAGCGCCAUUUUUGCGUUCACAAGUCUUGUAAGGAAAGCUCAAGUCGACAAGGAUACAACAUACAACCGCUACCCAGUGUACACUUACGGAAAAUUUGCUCUUAACAACACAAAGGAUGUCGUCAACAAAUACAUUCCAUACUUAGAAAAGCAGCUCACCAAAGCCAUCUCGCAAGGAGACAGCAUUAAGAUUCAAGUAUACAUCCGUGCCCUCGGCAACACAGCUCAUCCCAAAAUUUUGUCUGUCUUUGAGCCUUACCUCGAAGGACAACAACAUGUAUCUGACUACCAACGAUUGACCAUGGUUGCUUCCUUGGACAAAAUGACCAAAGUAUACCCAACACGAGUACGAUCUGUUCUUUACCAAAUCUACCAAAACACCGGAGAUACUUCAGAAGUUCGUGUUGCUGCUGUUAUGCAGUUGAUGAAGACUAACCCACCUGCACAGUUAUUGCAACGUAUGGCUCAAUUUACCAACUCCGACCACAGCAAGCAAGUCAUUGCCGCCGUGCAAAGCGCCAUCAAAUCCGCUGCUAGCCUCACCACCCCAGAACACUACGAAUUGGCUGAAAAUGCUAAAUCUGCUGUCAACAUGCUGAAUUACCGUGACUUCGGUCUUCAAUAUUCCACUCACUACAUUCGUAGCUAUCUCGUUGCACAAGAACCGCAACACGGUCACCUUUCAUACAAAGGUGACUUCACGGCCAUUGAAGGCGAAGACAGCCUUGUCCCCAGCUCUGUAUUCUAUAACCUCAGAGAAAACCUUGGAGGAUUCAAGCGAGGACAAUACCAGAUGAGCUACAUGACCUCGAGCGCUGAUGAACUUAUGGAAUUGCUUUCAAACCAAUUCACCUGUGAACAUUGCAGAAAUUCCAAAUCUAGCCACUCUAAACCUGACAACACAUGGUCAUUCGAGAAAAUCGCCAAAAUGUUGAAUGUCGUCGUUAACAAGCCUGAACAAGUUGAAGGAAACCUUUUCCUCUCGACUUUCGGUGGCAAACGUUUCUUUGCUUUCGACAACCAUACCGUCGAACAGUUGCCUAACAUCGCCAAAUACGUUGCUCAGUCUCUCCACCAAGGUCAACACUUCAACUUCACUAAGAUGUACAGCAAGAGUGGUUUCAAAAUCGGAUUCCCCACUGCCAUGGGUUUGCCAUUCCUCUACUCUUACGAUGUUCCGACAUUCGCUUACCUGGGAGGUGAAAUGCGCGCUCAAUCACAUCCUGAUAUCGCUUCAUACCCAAAGAACGAAAUCCCCGUCCCCAAAACUGUCAACGUUACCACCGAUAUGGAAUUUACCUAUGUCGUCAAGACACAAGGAAAGAUGGGAUUCGUCACACCAUUCGACAACCAGCGUUACAUCGCCGGUCUUCAAAGGAACAUCCACCUACAUCUUCCCAUCCGUGCCCGUGUCGAUGUUGAUGUCGAAAACAACAAGGUCUGGGCCAAACUUGAGUCGUUUGAACAAAACCACAAGCACAAGCUUUUCGAAUACAGUACUGUCGCCUACACUGCCAAACACGACAUCCUCACCUUCACCCCAGUUGUCGAUGGCCCUCACGCCGAACAUAUUCACGUCAGACCUGUUCAAAGGAGGGAAAGUACAGUUGGACACGAGAGUACCGGAUUCGCUUUCGACGUCAAAGCCGAAACUGAGCAGAAGUUUUACGAUUUUGCCACAGUGUACAAUGCACUCAAACGUCAUGACCCACUCUCGGCUCUUGUUUAUGGACACUUCGAACAAUCUAUCAGCAACAACAACUUCACCGUUGUCUACAACCCACAACGCUCUACCGCUCAAUACGCAAACUUCACCUUUGUUUACGGCAAAACUGGACACUCCGCUGAAAAGGGCGUACACUCAAGCCACAACAAACACAGGGCCGCCAACGUUAGGAACAGCGCUGCCCAAUCAGACUCGAAACCCGACAGCCUUGAACGUCAAGAGCAGUUCCUUCAGAACGCCGCAGCUGGAAUCCAAGACUACACCGCACAUAUGGUCGAUAUGUCAGUCCAAUUCGAGGGUCAAUCCAAGGCUAAGUAUGUUGCCACAGCUUCUUAUGCUAGCAGCCCUGUUUCUGACAAAUCACGAUUCCUCUUCUUCGUGAGCAAGACUCCAGCCAAACAAACCUACACCACCAAACCAUACGAGGCUGCACUUGAACUUACUGCAACUUCACCCAAUGUCCCACUUGUCAACUUCAAAAAAGCUCUCGAAACCCAGCCUACUUCACAAAUCAACGGUGAAUUUUCAUUCGGCGAAAAGGCAUCUUCAGGUGCAAAAGUUACAUUCCAAGGAAAACUUUCUCAGACCAACGAACGCCGCGACUUCGUUCGUGAGCACCCCGUUUCCAAACUUUGCGAAAGUGAAAUGCGCGAAGGAAAUUACAUCCAACCGGCUUGCCGCAAUGCUACCGCCUCUGCUAACUUCUUCGAUCAAUAUAAAUUCACUUUCCACUACGAACAGGUGCCACAAGUAUUUAAGAACUUCACCUACAAAGCCUACGAUCUCGCUCGUUACUUCGCUUAUCCUUAUGUUCAUGAAGACACCGUUUCUGCCAAAAACCAACAAGGAGAAGUAGAUGUCGUUGUCAGGUUUGAAAAAGACCUUAAAGCCGUCAACAUCUCAGUCGAGGCCCCAACACUCACUGCUCAAUUCCGUCAUCUCCCUGUUAACCGUUGGGUAAGACCAGCUGUUGUGUUCCACCCACAUUACAACACCGCUGACCGCCUCGGCCAAACCUACUUCCGUGCUCAACAAUUCCCAACUUGCGUAGUGGACAAGAACUUGGCAACCACCUUCGACAACAAAUCAUUCCCCGUAAAACUCGGCGAUUGCUGGCACGUAUUGGCUCACUCUCUUGGAGUCUUUACCCAUGACCCUGAAGACAAAUAUUUUGGCGCUCUUGUUCGUGAACACGAAUCAGACAAAAAGGAACUCGUUCUCGUCUUUGGAGAAAAUGUCGUCGAAGUUAAACCUACUUCCAGCUCGGACAAAGUCGGAGUAGUUAAGGUCAACGGACAGACAGCCGAAUUCACCCAAACCAAAGUAGCUAAAUUUGAAGACAACUUCGGCUACACUUUCUUCCAAGUUUACGCUCUGCCAACUGGUGCCGUCAGGAUGUACUCUCCUCUCGCCGGAGUCGAAGUCGUAUACGACGGAGCUCGCGUCAAAUUGCAGGUUUCCAACACAUUCCGUGGACAACUCCGUGGACUUUGCGGAACGUUCAACGGCGAAGACGUCGAUGACUUUACCUGUCCUAACAACUUGAUCUUGAAAGACCCUUACCUCUUCGCUGGUAGCUACGCUUACGCAGACGAAACCUGCAAGGGACCAGCCAAAGAAAUGCACGACAAAGCCCAAAAUGCCAAAGGAUACAAGAAAUACGUUGUUCUCGGAAACGUCCUUAACAGCCGCAAAUCACAACACCAAAAAUUGCCGACCAGCAACAUCGCUGAACCAUCCAUGAAAGUUGAACGCAAGCCAUACCGUUCCGUCGUUAAAGUCGUAGAAUACAACGGACAAACAUGCUUCAGUGCCAGAAAGAUGCCCGAGUGCCUUCCUGGAUACAAAACUGAAGGUUAUGAAGUGAGAAACGAGAAAUUCCACUGCCUAACCGACAACGCCACCGCUCAACGCUGGCGCGAGUCCGUCAGCAAAGGAAACAGCCUUCGUUUCGGAGACAGAAAGCCCAACCACCAACAAAACGUUCAAGUACCCAAGAAAUGCGUCAAGAACUGAAAUCUGUCAAAAUCUUUUUCGAAAUAAAUAACAUACUCGACUA